AUGAAGCUGACUCUCAAUAGCGUACCCAACUAUACGUUCGAGAAAGACGCCAUGGGUGAUGAGGAUUGUCUAUUUCUGAAUGUGUUUGCUCCUGCCAACAGGACUCGGCUACCGGUGCUGUUCUGGAUUCAUGGUGGCGGAUAUGGCCAGGACUGGGCCGCCAACUAUGAUUUCUCGCACAUGGCCAAGACGGUAGGCAACGGCUUUGUGACAGUCAUCAUCCAGUACCGGCUCGGCGCUUUUGGCUUUGCCUCGUCAGCUGAGAUUGGUCAUUUCGGGGUACCUAACGCCGGCAUUCACGAUAUGCGAUUCGCUUUGGAAUGGGUGCAGGACUACAUCCGUCUCUUCGGAGGCGACCCUGCUCGCGUCACCAUUGCGGGAGAGUCUGCCGGUGGAGGUGGUGUGAUGCUCAUGACGAUGGCCCACAGCGGCUCUGAUGAAACCUCUUUGUUUCAACGCGCCAUUGUAUCGAGCCCAUAUCUGCCCACUCAGUGGGGUCAUGAUGAUAUGCAACCUUCUCAGGCAUACUAUGAUUUGGCUGUCCAAGCCGGGUGCCUGGAUGCCAAGACCACACAGAACGGGAGUGUAUUUGGUUGCUUACAAAACGUCGACAGCAAUACUCUUCAGAACGCUAGCGCGCUUGUGAGUAUGGGAGCCAGAUGGGGCCAGUGGGCUUUCCUGCCUGUGACUGACGGCAAAUUCAUCACGCGAAGGCCGACGGAGCAGCUUUUGGAGGGCCAAGCGAACGGUAAAGCUGUCCUCUCUGGGAACAACGCCAAUGAGGGUACAUUGUUCGUCCCAACAGACAUUGAUUCUCGGGACAAGUUUAUAUCUCUCACGCGACGGAGCUAUCCACUGUUGACAGACGCAAACAUGAGUGCCAUUAUGGAGAUGUACGACAUUGGAGACAAACCGACGUCGAGCUCCUUGUAUCCAACCAACGGGUUGACAGCUCCAUUCGCUACGAGCCAUUCAGAAAUCGCCUCAGGAUGGCUACAGGCGGCGUACAACCUCUACGCGGAGGUCACAUUCGUCUGCCCCGCCAUGUGGCUUGCGGACGCUUUUUCUCUCAACAGUGACACUGCGGGUGGAGGGAAACAGGCAUGGCGUUACCAGUAUUCGCCACCGCCGUCUUUCCACGACGACGACCUAGACGUUCUCAUGAAAGACGUGCAAGGGACCAAUGACACGGACGGCGCUGACGAGAGCGUCGGGUUCAGAAUCGCGUUCCAGAGCAUGUGGGGUCGGUUCGUGAUCGACGGAGACCCCACUCUAGCCGACGAUGUUGCGCGGGCAGUCAGCCAAGUCGGGGAAGAUGUCUCCGCGGCGCAAAUGUCCCAGUGGCUGCCGUGGGGGUCGAUAAACACGCGACUGAACGGCUCAACGCACACCAUGCUAAACCUGAACCUGACAAAUCCUGAGAGUGGGAAAGCUGACUUCCGAGUCGUGAAUGGCUUGUCUUGGGAAGGGGGAAGAGGAGAUAGGUGUAAGCUGUGGGCGGAUCUGGGUUACUGGAUUCAGUCAUAACGGGAAAUCUGUCUACUGGUUCGACGUGUCAUCUAGUAAGAUGCGGCUGACUGUCUAAACAAAACAAGAAUUGGGGGGAAGACAUCUCAAAAUAGAAGUUGGAAUUGAUUGAGUUACGUACUAAUCGAGAUUGAUCGUCAAAAUGACGCCGUCAACAGUCAAGUACCCAUGGCUAUUAUCGAGCAGCAGUUAGACAGGCAGGGGUCAUUUUGUGUGUAUUGAUGAGUAUGUCGAAUGAAUGGCUACGGAAAGAAAUCCCAUAUUUAUAUAAUGAGUGUACGAUCCCCUUGUAUAAGGAUACCCUUGCUAGCCUUACUCAUACCUCUGGUUAAGCAUAAGUCAGGUCGCUCGAGGUGAAACAAUUACCGUAGCGAAUGUGCUGGAGCAGUCUGACACCUACUAUUCUACUAGCCUACUACUGCUGCCUGCGAUGCGUUUGAAACGAGAAGUCACACUUCU